AGUGACAGAGUGCUCCCCCCGCAGGCUCUGAUCGGUAUGACAGCUGGAGCUACAGGAGCGUUUGUCGGGACACCAGCAGAGGUGGCUCUGAUCAGGAUGACGGCUGACGGACGUCUUCCUCCAGACCAGAGGAGAGGUUACACUAAUGUUUUUAACGCCCUCGCUCGAAUCACGAGAGAAGAAGGAGUCACCACGCUGUGGAGGGGUUGUAUUCCCACCAUGGCUCGAGCGGUGGUGGUGAACGCAGCUCAGCUGGCCUCCUACUCUCAGUCCAAACAGGCGCUGCUAGACUCAGGGUACUUUGGGGAUGAUAUUCUGUGUCAUUUCUGUGCCAGUAUGAUCAGUGGUCUCGUGACCACCGCAGCCUCCAUGCCGGUCGACAUCGUCAAGACCAGGAUUCAGAACAUGAGGAUGAUCGAUGGGAAGCCGGAGUAUAAAAACGGUUUGGAGGUGUUGGUUCGAGUCGUGGGUAAAGAGGGUUUCUUCUCUCUCUGGAAAGGUUUCACUCCGUACUACGCUCGUCUCGGACCUCACACCGUCCUCACCUUCAUCUUCCUGGAGCAGAUGAACCGCCUCUACAAGACCUACGUCCUCGACCGCUAACGCACGACACACACACACACACAAACACAAAAGGACUACAGCCAAACAUCGUCAUGCUUCACACGUCACGUUUUCACAACUCGGAUAUGGUGACAGAAUUUCAAGGAGCAGUCCAACAUGUAGUGAAAUCGUCCCGUUCAUCCAUAAGGCAGAAAACCAGAGGGUUUCGCGAAAUGGUGGACUGUUCUUUUAAAACACACACACGACACACACUUUAUUUUAAAUUUAAAUUCUUUUUGUAAAGAAAAGAAUGUAAAAUAAAUGUAGUUCAAACAUCAUUUAGCGAUGUUGUCAAUAAUUAAUAAGAAGAAGUCUUAUUUGUAGAAUUAUGACCAUCCUUACCCCGCUGACAACACACAGCAUCGUGGGAUUGAUCAGUUACCAUGGUUACAGCCAGGUGACCUCUAUGGAGGAGAGGAAGGUGGAUGCGUAAUCCGUUUAUGUCUCGCUUUGUGUUUGUGAAUAAAACUUCCAAACUCU